CAGGCCAAAAUCCCCAUGCCGUUAUCUUUCAUUAAUGGAUAUGUUAGUUCCGUUAACACACGUUAAUUAAUUUCCGUUAAUACUCAAAACGACGUCGUUUCAUUGAAAAAAAAGAAUCAAUAUUCCCAAAUUGAUUUCAAAAUCCCUAAAUUCCAAAAUGGAAUCCAAUUCGUUUUUCUUCAAUCCAUCUGCUUCACAUGGCAACAACAUGUUCUUCUUUAGGAAUCUCAAUCCCGUUGUCCAAGGAGGAGGAACAAGAUCGAUGAUGAACAAGGAGGAAACAUCAAAGCGAAGGCCUUUCUUUAGCUCCCUUGAGGAUCCCUACGACGAUGACUAUUACGACGACCACUUGCUGAAAAUAAGAGGCUGUUAGGGAUUUGGUUUUUAGAAUUUAAGGAUUUGGUUUUUGGAAUUUAGGAAUUAAGGAAUUAAGGAUUUUUUGGAAUUUAGGGAUUUUGAAAUCAAUUUGGGAAUUUUGAUUCUUUUAUUUUAAUGAAACGACGUCGUUUUGAGUAUUAAUGGAAACUAAUUAACGUGUGUUAACGGAACUAACAGAUCCGUUAAUGAAAGAUAACGACAUGGGAAUUUUGGCCUG